AUGGCAUCCAAAGAAAUCACCUCAGCAGACCACAUCGAGAACAACGAACCCAAACCCUCCCUACCACCAGAACUCCAAGACCUCAAAAUCAUCGCGGUAGAAGAACACACCCUCGGCCCACCACACAUAACCGCCAAGUUCCCCAAAUCAGACGCCACCAUCCAGUACGCGGCAUGGCAUGCGAAUACGACGUUGGAUUACCCCGGCUUUAAGGAGUACAGCGGUCCUCGCUUGAUGGGGAAGAUCCCGCGGACUAAGGAUAUGGAUCAGCACUUUAUUGCUGUGCAGAUUUUGUCCAGGGCGGCGGCGAUGAAUACGGGGAGUUUGGACGGGGAGACUGCGGCGGAGUUGUGUGGGGAGUUGAACGAUGCGAUGAAGAAGGAGAGGGAUGUGGAUCCGAAGCGGUUCAAGGCGCUGUGCGAGGUGCCGUUCCAGGCUCCGAAGCUGGCGGCGGAGGAGUUGAGGAGAUGUGUGAAGGAGAUGGGGUUUGUAGGGGCGAUGUUGCACGGGUCUGUGGGUGGAAGGUUUCUCGACGAUCCUUUCUUCGACGAGGCACUUUCAGCUUUCGAGGAGCUGGACGUUCCCUUGUACUUGCAUCCUGGCAUCCCACCGAAGGCCGUGAUCGAUGCAUAUUAUACUAUGCCUGGCAAGGAUUCCAUUACGGCCAUGCUGGCGUCGGCUGGAUGGGGCUGGCAUACCGAAGUGGGAAUUCACAUUCUACGCCUGGCGACGUCCGGGGCGCUGGAUCGUCAUCCGAAGCUGAAGAUCGUGACGGGUCAUCAGGGGGAGAUGUUGCCGAUAAUGAUGGAAAGAAUAGGCGACAUGUUUCUCCCACAAGCCUUCGGACUGAAGAGAAGCGUGCCGGAGAUUUUGAGGAGCCAGGUGUGGAUAGCCAUCUCAGGCAUGUUUUCGGUGCAGGUCACGGAGCUCUCAGUAAAGGCAUUUGGGGCCGAUCGAGUUCUUUUCGGGGUGGAUUAUCCUAUGGUGUCUUCGGCAGCCGUUCCUGAGUUCGUGAGAGCCUUGAGUGAGGUUCUGUCGCCGGAAAUCAUUAGGAAGAUCUGUCAGACAAAUUCUGAAAAUCUGUUCAAAGUGAAGGCUUGA